UAAAUGAGGUUCUCGUGGUGAAAGAACGUUCUACGGGGCUGAAACUCUAAAAUCGGCCAGUCGUUCACCGACACCCAACUGAGCGAGACACUGUUUGCUGAGCUUCUUCUCCAAAGCGAAAAAACGAUGUUUUCUUCCUCUCUUCUCGGCGGUCAGCUGCGGUCAGUGGUACUCUGUGCUACUGGCAUUUCAGCGGCCGCUGUAACUUCUUACUUUGUCUUUUACAGGUGGCGGAGGAUCCUGGACCAGCAGCGGAGGAUCGAGUUUACAACCCAGACCGAGGCCUUCGACGGAGCAGAGGUUCGGGAGUGGGACAUCUUUCCAUCCGUCCCCGUCCCAGAGAACCUGGAGGAACUGCCAUUCGUUCCACCUUCUUCUUGUGGACCACUUGCAAGAAUCUGGCAGUACUGCAGAGAGGUGGACCGGGCAAACAAGUCGUUUGCAUCCACAUACACAAAGUGGACGUCUGAUGACAGAAAGCUGGUGGAGGUGAAGCUCCAGCACAAGGCCGUGUACAGCGGGCUGGAGAGUGAGCACUGGUGGGUGCUCACCAACGACUUCUACCGUGUGCGCUCACAACAGCUUCCUCCACUGUAUUUUGCUCGUGCCAUUGCUGUGGCCUACAUCAAGAACAUCGGAAGAGACAUCAGUGAGGCAAAGAUCUCCCUGCGCACAGAAACAACCGAGUCAUCAGUGCAGGACGACUUGCUGGGAACCACAAUGUGCAGGACGUUUAAGGAGGUGUCUGUCGAUAAGGAUGGCCGCUUCAGGUGUCAUGACAGCAGUGACGCCCAGACCCUCGAGACACCUGCACCUUCUGCGUUCAGCAGCCCACGUCGACCACCGCCAGGAUUUUAAUCAGCUACAGGAUUCUUUAGACUGUGUUUUGUAGAUUUAAGUAUUAGAUUCAUGUUUUCAUAUUUCUUACAUCUUAACAUUUUGCAUGCCUGUGUGUUUCUGUGUGAGUGUGUUGUUUUUUUUAGGUGCAGGCGCUGUGCUCUGUAACCAGAGCCCCUAAAUGUUGACCAGUGGGAGAUGGAACAUCACAUCGACUCAUCACCACAAUGGAAGUCUUUAUCCUCCUCAAUUUUUUUAGGUUUAAAAUGUUACAGACCCCCAGAUUUCAUUAAACCAUGCUAAGAGUAUUUUUUUCCACCCUUUCUUUGUCUUUUCCACUGUUUUCUAUGCAGGGAUCCAGUGCAAUCUUCCUCGAUUCAGGAUGUCAGACAGCAGAAGGACCUGAACUUCACGAUGACACCAUUGCUCCUGGAUUAGAGACUGCAGACAACAGAGAGACCAGAACUUCACAGAGACACCAUUCCUCCUGGAUUAGAGACUGCAGACAACAGAUGGACCAGAACUUCAUGAAGACACGCUGGACUAUAGGACUGUUUCAGGACCACAUCAGAGAAUAACCAUCUUCUCAGUUUAAGGAUGAUGUUUUUGCCUACAGAAACCUUGAUAUGAAGCAGAAGAACCAUCAGCAACAUUAUUGCUCUCAAAAGUUCAGACAUUCACUGAGGCACCCUGGACAGACAACCUGUGUCAUUUUCUGGACCACAUCAGAUGAUAAGCAUCUUCUCAGAUUAAUGAUGAAGCUUCUGUGAAAUCAUCAGAGACAUUAGGAUCUACAACUUGGAUAAAAGACAUGAAGAGGGCCAGAAGAGGAGACUGAUGGUCUCUAAUCAGCUAGAGAAAUUCACAAUACCUGAUGCUCUCAACAUCAAGCAUCAUCAACUUUUUGUUCUUGUCAUGGACAUCAUCCACAUCACAGUGCUGCUUAUCAGCAUUAUUAUCUCGGACUGUUACUGUGGACUGAGCCGUGGGCUUGUCGGUGCUAAAGCUGCGUAUCUUCUUUAUGUAACACACAUGGACUUUUACUGAGAAGACGUCAGGAGGCCUCCUAGCCUGCAUACUAGACUGUUGGCUGUAGUGCAGUUUCUGCUAUUGUCUAUGACUAACAGUUUGGCACAUAUGCUAAGACACUCAUCAUCAUUCAGAUGGAAAUCAACGAUAACAUAAUUGAUACUGGACAAUCAUUGUAAUCUGUAAUAAUUUGUCCUCUUAUUAUUUUUCCAUGCAGUGCUCUGUAAAUUGUAUUAACACUAUAUUUAUUGAAACCUUGUGAACAUUUUCAGUAAAAAUCAUCUCCUAAUUGCA